AUGGGUCCGGAUGGAUUCUGCUCGGUGGUGCAAACCAGGGGACUCUACCCUGUCCUCAAGAGCACAUCAUCUGAGUUCGCAAGAAGCCAGUCACCCAGCCAAGAAAAUCCGGGAGCCGGCUGGCUACACACCUACAACUACACACACAGCCCGACCAGCAGCUUUGUAGACCCCGAGGUGACCAAGGGUAGAAACCUGCCCGAGAGCCGCCUGCCCAAGUCUGUCCUCCGCGCCAGCGAACAUGCCCAGCAGCUCCUGGACAUCAAGUGUGAGGUGAGCAUCUCAGGGCCCAGGCGAAGGGCCCCAUGGAGCCCGGCUGUGCCGGAGGUGACUGGUGGCUCCCGGCACCUCGACUGUGGCAUUGGCGGCUUCCCCGACACGUGGCCCGGUCACGCGUCUCCCUCUCGCGUCUCGCCGCGCCCCGAGCCUCCCCCAGCCAAGAUGCCCCUGCCCGCCGCCCCCGCGCGGUCGCCUAGCAACGCGAGGCCUCCGGCGGCCGCCUCGACCUCCAGAUGCUCAGCCUGGAAGCGUUUAACUGAUGCCAUGGCAACAGGAAAUCCAGCUGUGCCCCAGGGAUCAUCUCAGGACGAGAGGGAAAGAAACAAGGCACUGACAGAAGGCAUCCACGCUCCAAAGAAGGGAGUGAUCAGAUCAGAUGCCGUGAGGAUGUUAGGUCCAAGUCAGCCAAAAUUCGAUACUCAAGAAACGCAAAGAAUCAUAUCGGUCUUGGACGAGACGAUUGUCAAGCUGGAACUGAGCAGUUUGAUCCCCUGCAUCUUGGACUCUCUGGACAGCUUUGCUGAUAUGCUGGGACCUGAGCUCACGAGCGGCCUGCUCGAGCACCAAAAGCUUUCGAGCAAAGUGGAGGACCUACUUUCCAGCUCUCGAGAAGGGGAGCCCUCGCCAGCUGAGGAACAGAGGGACAGUCUUUGCUUGCUGGAGGAGCAUCUGAAAACUUCUGUUAGGAAUAUUCUGAGGCUCCUGCUGGCCAACCCUUCGCUUUGUCACGCUCUGCCUUUUGAAGUCUGUGCAAGACAGUCGUCGGCUGAAGCGUUUAUCCAAGCCUUUAGGGAGUUCAGGAAUUUCAUGCACGAGAGACUCCUGACUAGUCCCUUAGAAGAGAAAGAGAAGAUUCAGUUCAUGGAAGACAUCUCCCUCCGGAUUAAGAGAAACGCUGAAACACUCACAGCUUUAAAGGCAGAACUGGCAGCAACGAUCCAGGCUCGAGAUGAAAAGAUUCACAGGAAGGACAACGUGAUCAAGGAUCUCAAAACCUCCUUGCAAGAUGUGGCCAACAACUACCAGAUCAGUGUCCUGCAGAUUACACAGGACGCAGAAAACCAGCAAAAGGAGGAGCUGCGAGCUUGGCAGGCCAGGCGUGCGAGGCUCCAGGAGGACCUGGAGCAGCUGAGAGCACAGCUCUGUGCGCUUGUCCUGGAGCACCGGGAAUCGGAGCUGGCCCUCAGAAAGAAGAAGUGCAAAGUAGAGAUGGAAAUUGAGAAGUGGAUCCAGAAAUACGAUGCGGACAUGGGGGAAAAACAGGCUGAAUACGAGGAGCUCUAUGCUCUCUACUCCGAGGAGAAGGCCCAGGUGUCCCUGCUGCAGGAGAAGCACGAAGUGCUUAUCCAGGAGUACUCGCAGAUUGCGGAGGAGCGCAGCGUACGUCAGCAGAAGCAAAAACAGGAUUCGGAUGAGUUGGUCACCAUGACCCUUGCUGCCACCCGCAUCCAGGCCUUCUGGAGGGGAUACUUGGUUCGGUCGCUCUUCAAGAUAAAAAGGAAGAAGAAAAAGAAGGGAGGGGGCAAGAACUUCAGAUAA